AUGGACAUUACUCCCUCCCAGGCAGCGAAAAGAUCUCUUUCUGCUGAAAGAACAGAAUCCUUCCUCGAUUCAAACGUGAUUGCCAACAAUGACCGGCUCUUCCUUCUGUACUUCAUCAUAGGUAACUAUUUUGGACCUGAUCUGAAAGGGGAGGGACCCCAAAAAUCACUUUUUCGAAGAGCUGCUGAGGGCUUGCCCAUGUACACAUUUGAUCAACUUGCUGGUUCCUGCAUGGGAACUGUAGAAAUGGAGAGGAUAUAUUACCAUGUCCUUCGGAAGGCAGAAAAACAUCUUGCUGUCAAACUGCUGCCAUUGCAACAAUUUUUUCUUGGCAGUCUCCUUACUCCGGGAACUAACAGAUACCCACAAUUUACUGAUAUGUUUCCGGCUCAUCUGCAUCCUCAUUCAGUAAUGGAAAAUGGGGAUAAAUUUGUAUCAAGUAUCAUAUUCAUCAACAACCCGGAUACGUUUCAUAUUGAUUUGAAGGACAUUGAAAGGUUCAAAAGGCUAACUGGUCUUGAGAACCUUUUUCUAGAUAGAGAUGCAGCAACAUCAAUCCGCUCAUAUGCAGAUGGUACUCUAUAUGAUGUGAUAGUCCAUGAGGCUGGAAAUGGAAUAGAACUGCCUCCUACCAGUACUCGUUUCUCUCGUAAGAGAGCAGAACCUGCAGAUAGAAUCCCGCGGUCUAGGCAUCACCAUGUUCAAGGUAGUGGCAGUUCGACUUCUCGGCAGGCCACAAAUAGAAGAUUGGCAGAGGAUGGUCCUGCAUUGUUUUUUCUUCCCUCAAGCGCAGAUAAAGAACAGUUGAGUGAUCUGAUAGCUGCCACUAAAAACGGCGUUGCAUUGACUGGUACUGCUGCAAUGGGGCAGGUAGGACAAGUUGUUGGGCUGGUCGACAUUGGUGAAUGUGACGAUGCCUACUAUUUCCGGGUGUCUCUUCCGGGAGUGAGAAAAGAUCCAAAUGAAUUCAGCUACAAAAUCGAAGCUGACGGCAAAGUAAUGAUAAAGGGAGUGACGAUAACAGGCGAGAGAACUGUGUACAAGCUCUCGCAGAAGUUUGAAAUGCUAUCCAGAAAUCUUUGCCCACCAGGCCAGUUUUCCAUCUCAUUUCAACUGCCUGGUCCAGUUGAUCCUCGCCAGCUUACGAGCAAUUUUGGCGAUGAUGGGGUUUUAGAUGCUCUUAUAAUGAAAAGUAGGGAAACCACACAAUCCUGA